GCCAUCCUGGCCGAGAAGUACGCCACCGACUACUCCUGGUACGUGGACACCAUCCUCAUGUUGAUCCGUGUGGCCGGUGACUACGUCAGUGACGAGGUCUGGCAUCGGGUGGUGCAAAUUGUUGUCAAUCGGGAGGACGUACAGGCGUAUGCAGCCAAGACGGUGUUUGAGACUCGUCAGUUACCGUCGGACAUUAUAGACUUUACCCUUUCGCUUACCGUUUUUAGUCCAAAGGUUCAGUUUCAGCUGCUGCACAGCAAGUAUCAUCUUUGCACACCAACCACACGUCAGUUGCUGCUGUCUACCUACGUGAAAAUGAUCAACCUCUUCCCCGAACUCAAGGAGAGUAUUGUGGAGGUGCUGGGCCAAGACAGCAAUUACCGCAGCUCAGAUGUGGAGAUUCAGCAGCGCUCGGCAGAAUACCUCGCCCUCUCCAGAGUUGCCACCCAGGAUGUCUUG